UCAAGCCUUUUCGUCUCGAGAGCAGCAGCAAUGAGCAAGAUCAGCAGGCGGAAGUCACCGAAGUUCGGCUCUUCCAAGGGGAAGCAGAAUCCAUUCCAGAACCGAGGGAUGGACAAGUUUAACGAGGUCUACUCCGAGCUGGAGAAACUGCGAGCUUCGAUUGCCGCUGAGGAAGGGGUGUCUACCUCGGAUGUUUGGUUCACGAGGGGCACGUCCAAAGGAAGGGACUGGGUACCGGUUGUAGUUGGCAGGAGUCGCUCAUCGUCCACCCCUUCUCGAGGGGAUUCGCAGCCUCUGACUCGGCUAGACAAGCAGAAUUCUUCCGCGGAGAGCAAGACCGGGGAUGACGUUGUCUCGGAUCAAGCUUCCGUCGAGGAGGAAAGCCAUAGCCUCAAGGAUUGCAGCAAACAAUCUUGGCUGUCCGUCAAGUUUGAGCAGCUUGUCCACGAGUUACAACACGGGACGAGGAAGGCGCUCAAGGCAAUCACAUUGUUCAUCAUGAUAGUCGCGGCAAUAGUGGACGUGCUGAUAGCGGUCGUGGCCGGCAUCACCUCGUCUUUCAUCGCUAGGCACUUGAGACCGAUGUGGGCUCGUUACCUUCCGGUGAAUUUCCCGCAGCAGCCCAACAGCGACCUCAGUUUUGCGCCUUCGGUAACAAUGAGAUCACUGCCGGGCUCGAUGAGCUGUGUUUCGGCCCCUACUUCCCCGAGGCAACCCCAUCAGUUUGGAUCAGGUGGAAGUUUCAGCAACACCAGCGACUUCAGCAGGACAACGUCAGCGAGCACACCGGUGAGCCCGGUGAUGAGCUGCUCGACGUUUUUCAGCUCGGACAAGCCGCAGGAAGUCGGAAGUCCGGCCCACAGACACCAACCGAGGAACAAUCCGUUUCAAAGCGAGCAACAACAGGGUGGAAGUCCGGCGCACAGGCAUCAAAGCGAGCAACAACAAGGUGGGAGUCCGGCCCACAGACACCAGCCGAGAUUUCAAAGCGAGCAACGAGGUGGAAGCCCGGCUCAUAGGCAUCAAACCGAGCAACAACAAGGUGGAAGUCCGGCUCAUAGGCAUCACAGCGAGCAGAGAAGCCAUCACCAAAGCAGGCUAAAUCAUCUCCAGCAGCAGGAAGAACUCGAGAGCUGCGUUGGUGGCAACGGUGGGGGUGCUGUCCAAGUGAUGCUCAUCGUCGUGGUGAUCCUCUUCGGGCUCACCAGCACCGGGAUGGUCGCGGCGAUCGUGUUCGCGUCCAUGGCCUGGUUCGUCUUCCCGGCCGCGAGAAAAGUUAGCUCCAACCCGUCGAACAGGACAAUCUUCCAACACGACGAGUUGAGAAAAGGCUUAAGCGCGUGACAGAAAAAACUGUAAAUCAUUUCUCUCUUUUGGGAAUCGCCAGGCAUGAUCAUUUCCAAGCAAUGUUUUAAAGGUAAACAACAGUGGAUCCCGAAGUGUCAAAGGUCGUACAGUGAUCGUACAGUGUUUUACGUGUGAUCGUGCAAAGAUUGUAAAGAGAAAAACAAAAAGAUUGGAAGGUAUGGAAUAAGCCGCCGAUUUUCUUUGUUAA